AAAAUUUUGAGGGAAGCGAUUAGGAUUUUUGACGGUUUACUCAUUGCGCCAAGCCCCUCUAACGCUUUACCGGUGACCCUCGGCCUCUCAUCUCUCACCUCCGCCAUCCUCCCCUUCGGACCAGACGUUCCCUGACCCAACGCCGGCGGUCGCUGCUGCUAGCGGGAGUCCUCGGUGCUCCUACUCCGCAGCAACGUGCUGCUUUCUUCCGCUCCACCGUGACCGGUGACCAGCUGCUGUUCCUUCUCGCUCCACGGCGACUAGCUCCAGCCCUCCUACUCCACCUCGACCAGCUGCUACUAUCCCCUCAAAUUUCACUGCGAGAGAUAUGGUUUCCAGCUGACAACCGCAGAAAGCAGGCUUUCUGUUCUUCACAAUCUACAUGACAUGGUCAUGUCGCUGAGCCCCUCGCUGCGGCUCCUGCCGCCUCCUCUGCCUCCGUGGGGCCACGGUCACAGCUCCUGCCUCUCGAUACUCUUCCACUCCGAGAAGACACUCCCUAAGGGCUUCAUUUCCCGCGCCGUUUCCUCCCCCGACAGCGAUGAUUCCCCCUCGAAGCCCCGCCAUAGCCGCCAGAUAGGUUAUGAUCCGUCGGAGGAGUUGCUGGGCCUCGAGGUCGACCUUCCUUCGAGGAACGCUAUUUCUGGUGCACCCAGACCGAGGUCCUGGUUCGGUCCCAAUGGUCAGUACAUCAGAGAGCUGCCUUGCCCAAGUUGCCGAGGAAGAGGCUAUACUCCUUGUACGGAGUGUGGAAUAGAAAGGUCCAGGAUGGAUUGUUCACAAUGUAGUGGCAAGGGUAUAGUCACCUGCCAACGAUGCUCGGGAGAAUGUGUCAUCUGGGAAGAAUCAAUUGAUGAACGACCGUGGGAGAAAGCUCGCUCCAUUUCUCCCUUCAAAAUGAAGGAAGAUGAUGAAGUUGAUAACUUGGACAUAAAGCUUGAUGUGAAGAAGAAGUCGAAGCGCAUCUACCAAUCGUCUCCUGAAGUCAGUUUAAAGAUUAGCCGAUCACUGAAAAGCCUUAAUGCCAAGACCGGGCUAUUUACUAAGAGAAUGAAGAUUAUCCAUCAGAAUCCUACCCUUCAUGCACAGAGAGUUGCUGCCAUAAAGAGGGUGAAAGGGACUCCUGCAGCUAGAAAGCAUGCGUCUGAAACUCAGAAAGUUUUCUUCAGUGACCCUGAAAAUCGCCGCAAGAGGAGCAUUGCCAUGAAAGGAGUCAGAUUUUACUGCUCAUACUGUGGGCGGGAGGGCCACAGAAGGCACUAUUGUCCCGAGCUCAAGGAUAGCCUAAUAGAUAGGCGGUUUCGUUGUCGGGUCUGUGGAGAGAAAGGUCAUAACAGGAGAACCUGUCGAAGGUUAGGUCUCAUAAUCAAGAAAGAGACAGUGGCUAGGUUCCAUUGCUGUAGAAUAUGUGGUCAGAACGGCCACAACCGAAGGACUUGCCCCAAAAAGAUUGGGAAAAGAUUGUCAGUGGGCUCAAAAGGGAUGACAGACCAUACUGCUUUGAGGAAAUUGUAUGUUUGUGGAUUUUGUAGACAGAAAGGGCACAACAUUAGGACAUGUCUGACUAAGAAACUCGUUGCCUCGGAUCAGUCUUUGGAGGGUAAAAGUUAAACUACUUCCGCAUAGGCUUUUGGUAUUUGUCUUAUCACAUAUCUCUACUUGAUGAUUUCUCAAGCGAAGCUUAACUUUUCGGGCUUGAGAUGUGAUUGAGCUGAGCCCUUUAGGCAAUGAGUAAAGCUCGAGCUUGAAAUUCUCAGUUAAUGAUGUUCAGCCACCUAGUCAGCUUACUAUAUCAAUCUUCCGGUAUGCCCAUGCAACUUGCAUCCAUGUUUAUUU